AUGUCCCUUUAUCGAGACUCUGUGGAGAGACCCUGCUCCCUGCUUGAAGCAGGUAGGAGACUGUACAAAUCAAAGGCCCCUCGGGCCCAUCACCGGGUCAGUAUCAAGGUCUCCUCCAAGGACACUGGGAUGGAGACAGAAGAGCCAACCCCAAGUCUUGGGCAGACCCUGGAGUGGCUGAGAAAGGAGCUGGCUGAGAUGCAGGUUCAGGACCAGAGACUGCUGCUCACACUGAGGCAUCUUCACAGGGUCCUGGAGGAACUGCAUGCUAAGAGUACUCACUGGGACGAUGCCACGUCCAGCAGAGGGACGUCCCCCAUCAGAGCUCGAGCGGGCUCUGAAAGCCGGGGCUGCCCCUCCAUCUCCUCCAAGGCGUUGGCCCAGCUCCUCCAAGGGGCAGACAGCCGGCGAAGCUCCCUCCCUUGACUAACUGGCCAGGCCUGAGGCCGGGCUUGAACUCUCCCCCUGCUUGUCCAAGCUUUUGACUGUGAUGUUGCUGGAAGAGAGCACUGGAAUGGGAGUCGGGGAGCCAGGGCUCUGGGUUCCUCUCUGCCCUCAUCCGCUAUGCGUCCUUGAACCCAUCGCUCAACUUCUCCGUGUCAUUGGUUCCUUUUCAGUGGCUCAUCAGGGUUUUUGGUGAGGCACAAAUAAGAUAUCGGGUGUGAACACCAGUGGAUUCGUGGCCUCUGGCAAGCAGUAAUCCUACCCUUGGGCAUUUCUCAUAAGGCGAUUGUCAAGACAAAGGAAGAUCUCCACGCAGAGGAUGUUUGCUGUUGCCCUGGCGAAAAUUAGUGCCCUCUCCCCCACCCCACAGUGACUCCAUAGUUGUUUUCUGUUUUCCCAGAGGGCCUUCAGAUUCCUCCCUCUGAAAGCAACAGGCCCAGUCACCACUCCAGCCACAGGGAUGGGCCUAUGGCCAGGCCUGGCCACUAAUAAUUCAUAACCACCCUAAUAACAUGAUUGGCCCAACGGGAGGGCAUGUGACUCAACAGAGCCAAUCACAGUCCUUCUCUGGGAUCGCUAUCUGGAUGUUCUUUCCACUGCGGUUGCAAGGCGGGGGAGUGCUGCAAAUGGCCAUGUGCUCUCCCUACCAGGUGAAGAAAACUUGACCUCAGUAGGAAAAAAAAAAAGGGGGGGGGGUAGAGGAAGGGCCACAGGACAGAUGGACAGAGAGGAAGGGCGCUGGCUCUUUUUAGUCCCUGAUUGUGUGAGUUACUCUUCCAUUCUUUCCAGUGACACAACCAGGAAAUUCCACCACCACAUCCUCCACCACGCACACCCGAUUUGUUUCUGCUUAAGCUGACUUGAGUAGGGCUGCCCUCACGUGCAACCCAAACGAUCCUGAAGAAUACAACCCAGAUGUUCAAAGAAGCAAAGAGAAACGCUAAAGAAAAGGGCAUUUUGCGCACUCGGCGUUGGCAGCAACAGUCCUGGAACCUCAGACAACGAGGUUUGGGCUGUGACAGAACGCUCUGUCGUAUGCGGUGCUGGAGUCAUAACUUUGACAAGUUCUAUCUGCCUAUAAGAAAGACUUUAAAAAUGAGACGGGCGAAAAUGUAAAAGGCCUUGUGUUACGAUGGUCCAAUGAUUGGUAAGACUUUUUAUUUUUGAGAAUCGACUUGCAUGUUGUUAGAAUAUUGUUUUUCUGGCUUUGGAAAAGUAAAGCCAUUGUAUACAGAGGCAAAGGGGGAUGUGUUGUAUGUACAAUGCUUACAGUCAGACUAACCUGGGAUUUUAAUACAAUACAGUGUUUGAUAAUAUAAAAAAAAAAAUACUUCUCUAUCCCACAGCUGAGAGGAUAAACAAAAUGUGGUAUGUACUUAAAAUCGAAUAUCCAUCAGCCUUGAA